CAGUGAAGGUUCGGUGCCUAGAAGAAUGGAAUCUCGUAGUGCUUGGUCGCGUGCAGACCAACCAGUGAUAGAAAUCGGAGACCUUAGCGAGAAAGAAUCAAUGGAAUAUCUAACCGACAAGCGCAAGAUCGACUCUGUAGUGGCAAAAAAACUAUAUGAUUUAGUAGGUGGACGCAUCGUAGAACUGAAGGCCACGGCCGAUAAAUUCCUGGCUAGACAAUCCUUCGAAGUCAUUAAAGAGUCAAUCCUAACUAAAGUCGAGAAGAAAUUUGAUUCCGCAAAACUCCUUCCUGAUCAAGCACAUCAUGAAGCAGUAAAGCGUGUUAUCAGUGCAUUGCUUGAGUCGAACGAGAUUAAUACUGGUGUAUUUAGAAAAUUUAUCGGUGAUGAGAAAUUCGGUGAAGUUUUAGGAGCUAAU